AUGAAGUUCGGAAAAAUACUCGCUCAGGAAUCAGUUCCUGAGUGGAAGAAGAUGUACAUCGACUAUAAUGAACUUAAACACAUUCUAAAAGAAGUAAUUCAAUCAUACAAAUUCGCUGAUAAAGAAUAUCAUAAGAACACUGAAUCUGAAUCACCGACCUCGCUCGGUCCUGCCAUUGAUCUAAAUUCAGCGUUAAACGAUAAUCUAAUGCAUACAAGCAAAAAGCGCCUGAGUGACAUGACCGGAUCUUUCUUUGCUAAACUGUCAAGGCGGUCUACCAAAACGGAUAUCAGGUCUAAUGCCAAUUCAUCAUUUUGUCAGAGUUCUAUACAGGAUGAUAUGACAAUGGACGAGGUAAUACCAAUGUUGAAUGAAAGUGAGCAAAAGUUUUUUUCGAAAUUGGAUAAAGAAUUACAAAAGAUAUGGGAGUUUUACGGAAGUCACGAAGAUUAUGCUAGUGAAAAAUUGAGGGAACUAAAAAAAGCAUAUAAACUGUUAAAGCAUGAACGCAAGAAAGGCAAAUCAACCGGCACGAAACCGGACACAUUUAAGCCGAUGAAGAUUCUAAAGCAGGUUCAAGUUAUCACUGCUGACGGUCAAAAAAAACCAGUGCCGAUGAGUUAUGGCGUAGCGAAGAAACGAAUCAAGAUGGGAGUGAUGGAAUUCUACCGAAGCUUACAAAUGCUUAAGAAAUAUGCUCAAUUCAAUAGGUUAGGAUUCGAAAAAAUACUUAAAAAAUAUGACAAGAAUACAAAUUGGAAAGUAAGCCACAUUUAUAUGCGCAAAGUAGAUGCGGCAAAUUUCAGUAAUCUCAAACGACUCGAACGCAUACUCAAACAAACCGAGUCUUUCUAUCUGGCUAGCUUUUCAGAUGGUAUGAGAAAACACGCUAUAAAGAGACUACGGAUGCCAGACAAAGCGAGAUCGUACUAUUUCGUUACUUGGCGUGUGGGUGUAUAUCUCGGCAUGGCAAUUAACUUGACACUAAUGGGAAUACAUUCAGUUAUGAAUAGAAGAGAAUUUGUCAAUAAAAACGGUAUCGCACACUCCUGUCAGAUCAAUGACGACGCAUCCCUAAGCCCGAUUGAGCAACAAACGUUUCAUAAUUUUUGCAACUAUGGCCUGCUACUUGAAAUAUAUGCCGCGGUAGCUGCGCCCAUAGUACUUGCGUUAUUGGUGGGAAUCAAUAUGAUUGUCUGGGCGAAAGCAAAGAUUAACUAUAAGCUUAUUUUUGACUUUGAUACUAGAGACAACAUGGAUCAUAGAGAAUAUUUAGAAUUUCCAUCACUCCUUUUACUUUUGCUCGCUAUCUGCUUUUACUUGUCGUUCGCAAACUUCUUUCCGUCUGUUCCGCCUUUAUACUUCCUAGUGGGCUUUCUUAUCGCCGUUGGUUUAGUAUUCUUCUGCCCAUUUCCUAUAUUAUACUACAACGUUAGGCGAUGGCUUAUAGUUACUAUGCUCCGCGUAUGCUUGCCUUUCGUCUAUGGUGUCGAAUUUCGCGAUUUCUUUCUUGCAGAUGAACUAGUUAGUCUUCAAUUUACGUUUUCAAACGUUGCGAUCCUCAUUUGUGCACUUAGCAGCGAUUCGAAAGAAAUCAGUGAUGGGAAAUGUUCUUCGAACGGAAACAUUUGGGCAGUCUUUAUGGCAACCGUGCCCGCGUGGAUACGGUUUUUUCAAUGCUUGCAAAGAUGGGUUAAAACUAGAAAGGCGCACCCUCAUUUGUUAAAUGCAUUGAAAUAUAUUACUAUUGUGAUACCACUUUGGAUACUACAUGUGAACACGCGAGACGCGCUCGUCUUUUGGUACUUGGUGCAUAUAUUUAAUACUAUUCUUGCAAAUUUUUGGGACAUGGCUAUGGAUUGGGCUUUCCUACGAGUUUGGUCUGCACCAAAUUACGGAUUGCGAGAAGAUUUGGAGUUCAAGCCCCUUUGGCUCUACUACGUCGGAAUUGGCUCCAAUACUUUAAUGAGAUUGGCGUGGAUGACUGACCAAAGGCACCAUAUAUCAGUAAUGAUAACGUUGGCCAUUACAGAAGUAUUACGCCGCUUCCUGUGGAAUUUCUUCCGAGUCGAAAAAGAACACGUAUACAACGUCCUCAUCAAGAGAGCGGUCAAAGAUAUUAACAUCCCGUUCGUAGUAACCAAGAACAAUCACGAACCAACUGUCAAUCAUCAGGUUCAAGUCCAGUUACCAUCGACACGCCACGAAUCUUUUGUUUCACGUCAAACUUCUAUCGCCCCGAGCCAUCGAUUCUCCUUUCAACAUGUUGGCGACACGUUUGGCAAUGCACUCGCCCGUUUCACACCCCUUUACAAAAGCAUAGACUUUCGCGAUUAUGCUGCCCCCAGUAAAAAUAAUCAUAUGUACGAUAUUGGUGGAACUUCCAUCGAUAGCGACGAGGACAAGGAGGAUGACGACUAUUAUUAUGACGAGGAAGAAGAUACCGAAACCGAUGAAAACACUGCGGAGAAGGCUAUUCACAGACAAAAUUCUCUACGGAAAUUGGAAAGAGUUGACGGCAAAGACGGUCCGCCUUUUAUUAUAAAAAGGGCAUUCCCAUCAACUGAUAUUAAUAGCCGUAGAAUAUUGGAAGAGAGAAUUGAUGUUAGCUCUACUGGUGAAGAUGAAGAGGGAAACGCAGAUAAUGUUGACGAGAAGAAACGCAAAUUUUGGUAA